CAGCUGAAACCAAGAGGCUGGGGACUUAAUGAAAAAGGGGGUAACGUGCAGUCUAGGAAUGACACCAUCUACCCGGCGUACCCACUGACUGUAUCCCCUCCUCCUGCCUAUAAAAGAACCUGAAGAAUUGGAAGAGGACUGUGUGCACUUGGAUAUUCCAGAGGAAAGAAUUACAACAAUAUUUAACCUUGAAAAACAUUCAACUGAAAAGGAGUGACCCAAAAAGGAGAGCUUUGGGUAACAUUUUUACAAUAACAUUUUUGUUUUAAUUCUUAAAAUGUUUUAUGUUGGCUUACUGGUGGUCUUGAGUUGCUGCCUGGCCCUGGGGGAAGGCUACAGGAAAACUACAGACCCAACAGCUGCUAAGAGACCGUACCAGAUCCAAAAUGGCCUGUGCAGCUACACCUUUCUGCUGCCUGAGCAGGACAACUGCAAGACCCCGAGCAGCACCUACACCAACCUGGUCCAGAAGGACGAUCCGGCAGAGUAUGACGAGUCGGUCCAGAGGCUGGAGCAGCUGGAGAACAUCAUAGAGAACAACACACAGUGGCUCCUCAAGCUGGAGAACUACAUACAAGAAAGCAUGAAGCAGGAGAUGUUCCAGAUCCAGCAGAAUGCAGUGCACAACCACACGGCAGCCAUGAUAGAGUUUGGAACCAAUCUGCUGAGUCAGACUGUUGAGCAAACACGGAAGCUGACCAACGUUGAGGAGCAGGUAAUAAAUCAUACAACUCGGCUCGAACGUCAGCUUCUUGAGAACUCUCUGUCAACGAGUAAGUUGGAAAAACAGCUCAUUUUCCAAACAAAUGAAAUAAGCAAGCUGAAUGACAAAAACAGCUACCUGGAGAAGAGGGUGGGGGAGAUGGAGGAGAAAAGGCAGGUGGAGCUGAAGACGCUGAAGGAGGAGAAGGAGCAGCUCUUUACACUGAUACUGAGACAGACGGCUGUCAUCGAGGAGCUGGAGCAACAGCUGCUCCGGGCCACCACCAACAAUUCGGCCCUGCAGCAGCAGCAACAGGAGCUGCUUGAGACCGUCAACAACCUAAUCUCCACAAUCUCCGUCCCCACAGGUGGAGGGAACAAGCCUACCAUGAUGCAGGAUACACCGACCACGUACCCAGACUGUGCUGCGGUCUACAAGUCGGGGAACACAGACAGUGGAGUCUACUCACUGACCCUUCCCAACACUACACAGGAGAUUAAGGCUUACUGUGACAUGGAGACAGAGGGGGGUGGAUGGACAGUACUACAAAAACGAUUUGAUGGCCGUGUUGACUUUCACCGUACAUGGAAAGAGUACAAAAUGGGCUUCGGAAACCCUUCAGGUGAAUACUGGUUGGGAAAUGAGUUUGUUUCGAUACUGACCAAUCAGCACCCAUACGUCUUGAGAAUACAGAUGAUGGAUUGGGAGGAAAACACAGGAUUCUCACUAUAUGACCAGUUCUCUCUAGGCAGUGAAGCAGAAAACUACAGGAUACACCUUAAAGGCUACAGCGGCACAGCAGGCAAAAUUAGUAGCCUUGGUCAGCCGGGAAGUGAUUUCAGCACAAAAGAUGCAGACAACGACAAAUGUGUUUGCAAAUGCUCACAAUUGACAACAGGAGGCUGGUGGUUUGACGCCUGCGGCCCCUCCAACUUGAAUGGAAUAUUUUUCCAGCAGGGCCAGAACUCAAAUCGAUUCAAUGGAAUCAAAUGGUACUACUGGAAAGGCUCAGGCUACUCACUGAAGUCCACUACAAUUAUGAUCAGACCAGUAGACUUCUGAGGCUGUCCCAGAGACAUGCCUCUCACAGACAUGCAUAGAAUGGAGAGCAGAGCUCUGUCACUCUGAGAAACAACUACACAGACAAGAAAGACAAACAAAAAAGACCAAAGAGACUGAAGUGCUCCAUAACAGCAACCUCAUCACUUCCAAGCAUUCCACAAGGGAAGGAACAAUUCAGCAAUUUUUUAACAACUUUUGUACAAAAUGGACAGGUGAAGACUAGCAGAAAAGUCUAUGAACUAUCUAUACUCAGAAAUAUAUGGACUUUGGACUGCAUAACCAACUGGGACAAGGCAGUCAAAAGAUGACACAUUGGAAAUCUUGUAUUUAUAGCAAACUGGAACUGUGGUAGAGAUAACAGUAUUGUUUUCUAUUAAUUAGCAAUACUAGGGGAAAUGUCAGUGUGUAACACAUUGCAAGGUUGACAAAGUCAAUUUUGUAAUAACGAUAUUUCACCCCAUUACAUUUGAUACAAUGAAUUGGAAAAUAAGUUAGAUUUGUAAUGUAAAAUAAAAUGUAGCAAUAGCCCUAACACUAAAAGCAUAGAAAACUGGGGUACAAAGCGCAAUACUUCGUAUCAAAUAUGAACAUAAUGAAAAAAGGCAAUCAGUAAUGAAUCUACGGCUUUUCUUUAUUACAGCAAUUGUACAUACUCCGUGCCUUCAGAAAGUAUUCAUACCCCUUGACUUACUCCCAAAAAU